CAGAUGGAUCCAGUAAUGGGAACCCACAGAGAGAUGUUCCUGUCCUCUGUAUUCCCGGGACUCUACACAGGAACAUCAGGAGAUCCCUCAGGAGGAUCAGGAACAAAAUUUGAUUAAUAUAAAAGUUGAAGAGAAGAAGGAAGCAGAAGAAUAUGUGAUGAAUGAUGGUCCAUGUAAGGAGGAGGAAGUUCCUCCAGAGAUCAGCACAGAUGAAUCCAAAAUGAAUUCAGGUGAAUUGUUUCCUACAGUUUCCUACAUGAUUCCUCAGAGAGAUGUCCAUGUCCUCUGUAUUCCCAGUUAUCCACACAAGAACAUCAUGAGAUACCUCAGGAGUUUCAGAGUAAUGGCCUGAUAAUUGUCAAGGUUGAAGAUCCAUAUGUGAGGGAUGAUGAGCCAUGUAAGGAGGAGGACAUCCCUUCGGAGAUCAGCACAGCCAAAUUCCGAUGA